UUUUUAAAUAAAUAAAUAAUUAACUAAAGAACUAUAUAAAGGUAUCGAUUCCCCUUUUAAAAAGCCCAUAGAGGAGAGCAGAGAGCAUAGAGUAACAAUCAAAGAUACGUCAACCCCGUCAACGGUCAACGAUAUUUCUAUUCAAAAGUUAUGAGGACUUCUGUUGUUUAUUUUGAUGUAAUGUGAAUUAAAUAUUAAACAAAACAGGAACCAACUAUGGCUUUAUAUCGAGCUGAACCUGCUUGGCAGAGAGAAAAUAAUUCAAUCUCAAAAAAUAUCGUAACAGGCGAUCCCUUAGCUGUUAUUUACAAUGAAGGCAUAUGGCGACUGAGCAAAGUAUCACCGUUAUACAAUUUGCAAUACAGUACAGUGAAACUCAAACAAUAUGCUUCCAAAAUCAGACAAACUCUUGUGAGUGCAAUGCCAGCUAAUUCGUCUACUAAGUACGUGGUUCAAAUUGAAGAACAAGUUAAUUUAAAGUAUUCAGAAGAUGACCCUAGUGCUUUGAUUAUUAAUGUCCUAUCAUCAACACAAGACAAGAACAAUAAAAGUAAGGUAUCAUAUGCAGCUAUUCUUUUGUCUUGGGGUAUUAACAUCUCAGUGGACACAGGAACCCACUUACCGUAUAUGCUUGAGCGAGGAGAACAGAGAAUUAGCAAUGCUGUGAGAACUAUUUUACAGACUAUAUUUGACUGCCAGAUAAAACAAUUUAGUUUUACACAGCAACAACUACUGUACUUGGGGUUCAACUUUGUUGAAAGUGACUCAUCUCGCAGCACAGACCCUUUUACAUUGACAUACAAAACACCACAGGUGGACCACAAAGACAAGCUGAAUCUGUCAUUUGAAGUCGGAGACAUCCAGAUUAUAUGCAAUGGGAUCAAAGAGGAAGUUUCAAAGAAAUCUGAUUUAGUUACAUUGGUAUACCAAAUUCUACAGAACCAAAUAUUUGACUCAAGCCUGAUAGAUAUUACUACUUUUGACCUGUGUGAGGUGUCAACACCAAGAGCAGAGGUAAAGAAUAGCGGAGCGGUGAAAAUGAAGACGCCAGACAUUGUCAACUGCGUGUUUACAGUCCUUAAUGACAUCAGUCAUGAUUUGUACUCUGACAGAGAUUCCGGCAAUGCAUCUGCAUCUGAUACAUAGCUUUAAUAAAAUAUGUAAUGAUAGAAAGUGUUGUUUUGAAAAUAGUUUUACACUAUAUCUGUUAUCAUUAGUAGUAAUAGAUAGUAAAGUUAAUCACAAGCCAAAAGGUUAAAUAAAUAAACAACAACAUGUUUUUCAACAUUUACUCUCAUGAAUUACACCUUACAAAUGUGUCUGCAUAUUGUAACCUUACAAAAUAUUAUAUCAUUACAAUGUGCUAAACUUAAAAAUAACCUAUUUUGUAAUCAUGUCUUUCAGUACCUUGCAAGCAGUCCUUUUUUAUAAGAAUUACAAUUUCAACACUUCAAAACCAUUCCAAAAUUGGUAUCUUGUGCAUAACUAUUUAUACUAGGCCACCACCUAAAAGCAUACUUGGUACUUUGAUCUAAACAGCUGACAAAUUGGUCUCCAUUCUUCGAUGCAAGGUAUAGAAGGUACCAGAAAUCAAUCACAAUUUAAUGAAUUUUAAAACUAUACAACAUGUACACCACAAUUCACUUUACAGGAUUAAUUUUCCAGUUUGUACAGAUGAAUGUUCAUAAAUUAAAAUGUUGACAUAAAUAAAAUAUUCCAUUUACUAAUAUUCCAAUAUAUUAUGUACCUAAAUAUGUAAUGUAAUGUACCUGUUAGAUAGUGUAGCUAACGCUACAAAAUAUAAUACAAGUUUAUAAUGUUACGCGACGCAUACUUUGGCGAACAUUCAGUCGCAUCCAAAUGACGAUGACACAUAACCACACUCCAGACAAUUUCCUAUAUUGGUGCAGAUUUUCAUCCAUCGAGUACCAACAUACUCGGCCAAGCCGUUAAAACCUCUGAAAAAGUGCCAAUAUAGGUGAUUGUACAAAGAAGGCAUUAUACAUAGAUGCCUUGCACAACAACAUUCGGCCAACACGACGAUCACGAGAUGAUAUACAACAUAUAACACGAUCGUUUAAAUAAAUGCCAGAUUACGAGAUAUUUGUGAAACUUUCUAUGACAUAUGCAAAUAAAAUAUACACAGUUACAUACACACAAAAUUACAUAAAAGCUUAUUCGUAUGAUGGAUCUAUUUAUUAUGAAUUACAUACGACUAUUUAAUUUCUCACAUCUGGUCCAUUCAGCGUAACCUUUAUCUGCCGUCUGUACUCGUUCGAAUAAAACUUAUGUAUAUUGUACUACAAGUGGAUAUAAAAUGUGAGAAUAGAUUUAAUUUACCAUCACGUCUAGGGGACCUAACAGUUAUUGUAAAAAGGGAUUAAGAAAUGAAUUGAAUGCUAGUGAUAGAUCUGCCUGCAAUGUUGUUCAUUUAUAUAAGGAUCUGAUUUCGGCUUAAUUAUGAUGGUAAUAUUUUAAGGUAAUUGAAUAUUUCUACUAAGUAUAAAGUUGCCUUAUCGGCGUAAUAUAUUAUAACGCGAGUCAGACGAAAGCUAUUCUGUAGCAUAUAUAAAAUAAUUCUAUGAAUCCGGCAUGCAGUAAGUUUCGUACCAAUUUUCGUUGCACACAUCUGCACCUCCUCCU